AUGUUUCGAAGGCACAAGCCUAGUGAAAUUAGUACAGUUAAGUCUAAAAAGAAGUUUUUAAGUGAUAAAGAAAGUACUCAUAAAAUAAAGCAUUUGAAAAUCCUCAUCGAUAAUCUACCUAACGAUGAAUUACAAGCUUUUUUCAUAGAGAAUUCAUCCCUAAUAUUUCAGGUGUUUAGUGACUGCUUCUUUGGUCUUGAAUGGGAUGUCAGACUAAAAGGUAGUGGGAAUUAUGUUAAGGAUCUGGAAUUAGUGCUAACGGUUUUUGAGAAAAUAUUGUUGUUAUUGCCGGAAAAUAUUCACAAAAGAUGGCAAUAUAACUGUAUAAUUGAUGUAAUCGAAGAUCUCCUAUACGAAAAAAAUACACUGAAACUUCGUAAAAGAGGAAUCAGGUUGUUUCUAAUAUGGUAUCAAAUCCUUGGAUUAAAUGCAACACAUGUCUGCCAUAAAAUCUUCAAUAACCUUAUCCCGGAAUUUGGCUCACUUGUCACUGAAUACCAGAAACGUGAGAAAAACAGCGAACAACAUAAACAAAACCAUACCCAGAGCAAAAGGCCUUCCAAAGAUAUACGAGGACAAAUAUCACAAGAGUCAAGGAUUUCACAUGUUGUUGCCCCACGAGAACGUGUUGCACUCUUGACGUCAGCUGUCGUAGGAGAAGAUGAAUCAGUGGACGAUGAGUCCAUGGUCCUUCUCCAGGUUUUGCUACGAUAUUUGGUUACAGAGUCAAUUAAAGUUGAGUGGUUGCAGCUUCGAUAUGAGCAACACUUAAUGCAGUCAUGGUUUUUGUUUGAGAAGUUGAAACAUUCAUAUCUCCCUGUGAUCUUCCCUUGUUUAUCUCCGUCAUAUUCAGUAUACUCACCUACAACUUCAUCUGUAACAAACAGCACAGUUCCAUUAACUUCUAAUAUCUUACAAGAUUAUCCAAUCCACCCGUCACGUCUUUCAUAUUAUCAAUUAGAGUUCACUUGCUGGUUGGCAGCCUUUGUAUAUACUGGUCCACGCACAUCGAACCACCCAGCUUCAUCAGAUGGAGGUUUCACUUCAACAUUCGUCACUCAUGGAGCUGCAGUCGGUGGUGGUGGUGGUGCUGGGACAUCUUUUCAUUUAGGUGGUUUCCCGUGGGACACACAUGGUGAUCCAAAUGAAUUCCAACUGUCUCGACAGUUUCGUUCGCUGUUAGGUGGGUCAGCACAUGGUGAACCAGAAACUGCAUCACACUCGAAAGUGAAUGGCAUAUCGAGACUUUCAAAUUCUCCACCUAUGCCGGCACCAUCAAUCAACCAAAGAGAUGCUGAUGAUAGUGUUAUCUCCACGUCUUUCCAAGAUUCACUUAGUCAAACAGCACCAGUUACAGUUUCAAAACCAAACACUUAUCAUUUAGGCAAAGAAGCUCCUGUACCUCCUUCCAUUUUACAAGCAUCUUCAGCGCCACAGAAAUUUGUUUUCAAUGAACCAGUCUUUAACUAUAGUGACAAGGUGGUUUCUAUGGUGCAUCAAGUUCUAUAUGGAUGUCGACAGAAUAUUAAUUUAAUACAAGAUAUAUUACACCAAGCUCUUCUGCUUCCUCUAGAAUGUCAUAAAGCUCUUUACUAUGUAACUACAGUUUACGGUUCUUGGUUAGAGAACAAAUACAAUCGUCCUAUAUUUAUGCAACCUUUGGAUGAUUCAAUGAAAAAUUGGAAUGAGUUACAGAAGUCAGAGGAUCGUCCAUCAUCAACACUAGAAGAAGUUGGAACACAGGGAAUCAAUAGUCAGCUGAAUGAUACUAAGGCAACUGAACAUUCCAAAGUUAAGCAACCAACUCCUGACCACACUGCUGUUCAUAAUCAUCCCCCAAUGACUAAAUCAAAGUCUGAAGAAGAUGAUGCAGAAGAGUUGAGAGGUUGCCUACAGAAUACAAUUCAGAUUAUGUUAGAAAAUAUGGCCAGCGUAUUCUAUGCUACAAGUUUGGACUCCAAUUCGUCGUCUGUAUCACAUUCGUCUGUGAAUAAAUCAACAACUGCCAGUCCAAUUGACUAUACAAAGCAUCAAAUUGAAUUAUGCCGUUUAGUGUUACAGAUUUUUCAAUACGCUAGUAAUAGUAAUGAAUUGACAGCAGAGACAUGGUCGAAAUUACUAUCUAUUCUAAUGGAUAUCAUGCGUAAAACAAUGAUUAACACGUCGCCAACAAAUGUACAAAACUACAAAUGGUUGUUAAACAGUAAACUCACUCAGAAUCUUUUUCAGACACUGAAUGGUGCCUUAUUACGUGCAUCUCUGUUCUCACCAAUAUCUUCGGAGCCUUGGGAUCAAUGUUUAAGCGUUUAUUCAAAGUUAACCCACUGGCCAUCAUUGAUAAUCGAAUGGAAAAAAGUUAUGCGAAUGUUGACGUCUACAAUGGCGAAAUUAGUUUAUGGUGUCGAUUUGUCUGAUUUACCUCAGGAGAAGAAAGGACCUCGAAUUAAACGUUUAGCAGGUUCUAAUGUAACAAAUCGAGCACGUCCAAAAUCUCUAACUGAAGCAGUAUUGAAUUAUACCGGUUCCACUAGUGCAUUAUCUCCUCCUCCUGUGCCUUUCCCAAGUGCAUUAUCUGUGCUAAGUGUACAUGACAAUUUAUUAGAUGAUAAUCUGGUAGUUAUGCCACCAAAUUCUGUUGAUAGUGGUGAACUAGAGGAUGGUGAUCAUUCAGAAAUAAGAAACCAAAGAGGAAGAAGAAGAAGAACAAUAAGUAGCAAUAGUAAUGGUGGUAGUAGUAGUAGUAGAAGAAAUUCACAAGAAAUUUCUGAAAAGCCUAUUACUUAUCGUGAAAUAAAACCACUAAAAGCUAGUGCAUAUAUUGAAAAAUGGACUUUUGAAAAUGCAUAUCAUAAUGAAAAUGCUGGAGAUGCAAAAGUCAAUAAUGCUUCACAGUUGAAUGAUCCACUUGAAGAAGAUGAAUCUAUUUCACUUGGUUUAAAUGAUGAUUUAGUCGACAAUGAGGAGGCGGAGGCGGAGGCAGAGGAGUCAACAGCAAAGUUAAAUGGGAAUUGUACAUAUCAUGUAUCAUGUGAUCCACGGCCUCAUUCUCAUCUGAUGUUGUCAGCUAGAUGUGAAGAAGAAUCGAUUCCUUAUUCGAAGGAUAAGGCUUCAUCAACAUUGGUUAAAGGCAAACAAAAGUCAUCGGUGAGACGUGCAACAAGUGAAAUAACACUACAAUUUAAGGGUAACCAACGUGCUCCACGGGUUAAGGAGUCGAAGUUCGAUCCGACAUUUAGCGCUUUUACAAGAGAUGAAUAUCAACGUCGAUUGCAUUCUGAAGUACCUCAACACCAUCAUUUAUCCGAUUCACUUGAUAUACUGACAACUGGUACUCUUGCAGGCAGAUACUCACAUCCUGCAGAUUUCACUGCAUCCAAUAACUAUAAACAUCAGAGAUACUUUCAAAAAACGUCUACUGCAGUUAGUUGUGCUGAAGACGAUUCUCUUUCUUUAAGUCAAAAUGGUAUACAUACAAGUAGUUGUGCGUCGGGUGAAGAAGUUCUUCAUGAAUCUGUAAAGUUCGAUAUUGAUUCUCCUAAGGGUGGUUUCGUAGGAGAUUUCUUCAAUGAAAAUCGUGAUUUACAUCCUUCAGAUAUUCGUAAAUCAUCUGAUAUACUGUCUGAUGAACAUUCCAGUUCAGAAUCAAAUCGCAGGGAUACACUAACUGCUGCUGCUACUGCUACUGCAGGCGCAGCACCUACUACAGAUACUACCAAUGUAAAUGAUGUCACUAUUACUGAUGCAGCAGCUCCUACGAAAACACUUUUUGUCACACCAGAAGACCAGUUGAAUGCAAUGGAUUUACCUCGAUGUAUUCUCGCUGGCGGGCCAGCGUUUGGUUGGACACAUGAAUCAAUUAUUAUUUGUUGGCGUCGAUUUUUAGGUGUUUUGGGCAGUUUUUAUAAAAUUAACAAUCCAAGUACAAUGCUUGAUGUAUUUCAAUAUCUAAAUGAAAUGACUACAUGUCUAUUGAAAAUUAGAGAAUAUCAAAUUGUCCCCUGUGUUACUGAAACAUGCGUUCAACCGAUUCCACCAUUUGUACCACCUGUAGAGUUUAUUGCACCGGUUUUAUUCGAUUCCCUAAAUCUAUCUGAAGAUUUUGUUGAAUCUAAACAGCUGGCUAUACGUACUCUUAGUGAUAUCGUUGUCCGUUUCCAUGAUGGAUGCCCUGAUCCUGAGUUAAUUGCUCAAUUUUAUUAUUUAGUUCAUCGAAUUUGUGUGUCAAAAGAAGAGAAAUAUGUUUUCGAAAUCAUUCGGUCGUGUAGUAUGCGUAUAUUUGUGUCCUCUCUUCCGUCUACGCAUUUACUUAUUCUGGAUUUCUUAAAUGGUGUAAAUGUUGUUUUAACAAAUCCCAGUCCCGGACCAGAGGUCCCGAGGUCAGAAGCUAUAUCUGUGAUAUUAUCCUUAUUGUGUUAUCCACAUCAUUUUGAAUCAUUGGAAUCCAUUGAAUCUACAUGCUUAGAACCGAGAAUCAUUGCCUGUAAUGAUCUGAAGUCACAACUGGUUCAACUGUUAACACAAGCUGUUCUAUUGGAUCCAAGUGCAGAAGUACGAUGUUUAGCUAUUACUGGAUUAUCAAUCUACUGUGUCAUUGAAAUUAUGAAUUCACUUGGAUCUGAGCAUAAAUCAUCUACUAUUGCUGCUACUACUAUAUUAGUAAUACUACUAGUUCUACAGCAUUUGACAGUUUAUUUCAUGAUUCUGUUAUAA